CAUUCUCUUUAAUCAUCUGUUGUACGAGAUUCUAUGAAUUUUUGAUAAUGUCCCUGAAAUUGUUAGCCCAUAAAGGCAAUAACUUCUUGGGAUUUUUCGUGUCAAGAAUGUGUUAGAUACGUUUCUUGAGAUAAUUCUUGUCUGCAAAAUAACGAUCUUGUUUCCUAAAACAAGUUCAAUGUGUGAAAUAUAUGAGGGGGAAGGAUUAAACCUGCAUAAUGUCAACACGUGUUGCAAGUAUCAGAGUUUACUAGUACUUGUGGCGCUGUCACUCAUCCUUUUGAAUUCUUGUCAUUUUGAAUUAUGAUGGAGAAGGCAGAUCCUUCACAAAAACUAUAUACAAGGAUGCGACUUUGGGAAUUCCCAGAUCAGUAUGUUGUUGAGCCUACUGAUGGAUCCUGUGGUUCGUGUUUGGAGAUUAGUCGCAUGGAUGGAUCUAUGAAACUAAUAGAUGAGGUUCCGGAAUGCACUUUAGUUCGUGUUCCUAAAAUCCAGACAAUAUUUGGUGUUAUAGGCAUGCUAAAGCUUCUGGCUGGUUCAUAUUUACUGGUCAUAACAGAACGUGAAUGUGUGGGAUCUUACUUCGGGCACCCUAUCUUUAAAGUUUCAUCAAUGAAAUAUUUUCCUUGCGAUCAUUCUCUCAAGAACUCUUCUGCAGAACAGAAAAACAUGGAAGCUCAGUUUUCUGCACUGCUUAAUGUUGCAGAGAGGACUCCUGGUCUGUACUUCUCUUAUGAUGUCAAUUUAACAUUGAGUGCUCAGCGACUGCAUGAUUUGGGUGAUGAAUCCAAGUUGCUUCCUCUAUGGAGACAAGCAGACCCUCGAUUUCUUUGGAACAACUAUAUGAUGGAAGUGAUGAUAGAUAACAAGCUUGAUCCAUUCUUGCUUCCUGUUGUCCAAGGCAGUUUUCACAAUUUUCAAUCUGCAAUUGGUAAAGACAUCAUUGAUGUUACGCUGAUUGCAAGGAGAUGCAACAGGAGAACUGGCACUCGAAUGUGGAGAAGAGGGGCUGAUUCUGAUGGAUUUGUUGCAAAUUUU